AUGGUUCCUUUUCGCAUACGAUGUAACACAUGUGGGAAUUACAUAUCGGAAGGCACCAAAUUCAACAGCCGUGAAGAAGAAGUUAUCGGCGAGACCUACUUAGGGAUCAAGUUACAUAGGUUUUACAUCAAGUGCACCAACUGUUGCGCCGAGCUGACACUGAAGACCGAUCCACAGAAUUCAAGUUACGUAGUCGAAUCAGGUGCGACUCGAUGUUAUCAUCAUCACGAGGAAGAAGCGGAGAAGCAAGUUGAGGAGAGUGGGGAUGUGAUGAGUUCUUUAGAGAAGAGAGCAUUGGUUUCUAAAAGAGAGAUUGAUGUUAUGGCUGCGAUUAGUGAGUUGAAAUCUAGACGCAUGUCGGUGAGUGUAGACUCUAUGCUUGAGGCUUUGAGUAGAAGAGAAGAAGUUGCAAAAGAUGAGGAAGCAGUGUUGGUCAAGUCUAUCAGAUUUGGUAAACAGAGGAGGAUUGCAGAAGAAGAAACCGAUGAGAAGAAAAUGGAUGACAAGAAACCAAAGAGUAAAAGACUUGCUUGUGGUAAAUCUCUAAUCCAAAUCUCCUCUGCUCGCAUAAUAACCAAGAAGAAGAUGAAGAAGACAAGUCUAGGGCUUGCAUCACUAUGCCACAGCUAUGGUGCUUCAGAUGAGGAAGACUGA